CUGAACCAACAGUGCGCUGAAAACUCCAGCAAGACGCGGUAGCACAGUGUGGUGUCUCCUUAAGCCUGGAUUAAAGUCGGGGGAAGUUUUAAGUACGUAGCUCUAUGUCCGAUCGGCGGAAUAAUCCGGUUAUGCCCAGUGUGCGCACAGUGGGACAGUGGAUUAAGUGAUCAUUCGAAAUGGUGGAACUUGAUUUAGCGGUCACAUCUGAUGGAGGCAAAGCGCCCACGGAGGCCCCAGAAACUGGCAAAGACCUGACACCGAUGCAGCAAAUGGACAUCGCGCUCAAAGAUUGCAAGUUCGGGCUCUUCCACCUCCGUCUAUUAUUCACUGCACUGGUCGGAUACGUGGCGACGGUCCUUGUGUCUAACUCCUCUGCGUACUUACUGCCGGCAGCUGAAUGUGAUCUGGACAUGGGAUUGGUUCACAAGGGGAUUUUAAACGGCAUGCCUUAUUGUGGUAUGAUGAUAUCGUGCGUGGUAGCCGGUUUCCUCACUGACACUUUUGGCCGUAAGAUGUUCUUAAUGAUCGGUUACGGAGGAGACUUCCUCUUCACUCUGCUCUCCGCGUCGAGCCAAACGUAUAAAGUCCUUAUUUCCGGAAAAUUCUUUGAAGGGUUCUUUUUUGCGAUGGCCAGGAGUCCUACAAUGUCAUUCACCUCAGAAUUCUGUCAUACAGGCAUCAGGGACAGAAUGAUGUUGUGCCAAUCCUCUUUCGGCGCUAUGGCGCAGAUAAUAAUAGCCAUUAUGUCUUGGCAAAUUCUGAUACGGGACUGGAGGCUGACAUUGUUUGAUGGAUAUCUUGUGUUCCACAAUUGGAAUUUUUACCUCUUCGCGUGUUCUCUAUGGUCACUGUCGGCGACGAUUCUCUACGGGAUUUUACCCGAAACACCAAAAUACCUUCUAACGAGGAAGAAAUACAAGGAGGCCCGGGAUGUUUUGACCCUUAUGUACACGACUAAUACGGGCAAGUCCGCUGACACGUUUCCGCACCGAAACCUCUGGAAAAACCAAGCAGACCUGGAAACCAGCUACACAGCUGACCAUCCAGAACAGAAGAGUAUAAAAUACCAAAUAGUACAAGGACUCCAUAACAUGAAGCAGCUGUAUCGGAGACCACUAUUCGGCCAUCUCGUCCAUAUCUGCUGUAUGAUCUUCUUUUGCAUGUCCAUGUACAACGUCAUAAGGAUGUGGUUCCCGCAAUUGUCUACAAUCAUAGAGCACUCUGAAAGGGGUUACAACAACGUGUCUCAAGAUCUGUGCGAGAGGCUAGAUGCGUACACCGCGGGGCUGAGGGAGACAGCACUAAAUAGCACCGAUGGAGCUGUCAACACUUGCUCUGGGAAAGUGAGCGGCAUAGAGACGUACGUGAACGUAAUCAUUCUGGGGCUGGUGUGCCUCGUGCCGUACCUCGUCAGCGGCGUGCUCGUCAACAGGGUCGGCAAGAAGUGUCUUCUGUUCUGUGCUGGACUAUUAACGGUGGCGGUGGUGCUAGGGCUCCGCCAUGCCAACUCGAAGCCUGUCAUCGUAGCCUUAUUCGCGACUUUCGCGGCGAUAUCCCAGCUGAUGAUCGGACUGCUACAAGCAACGCUUAUCGAGUUGUUUCCAACAAGUGUACGGACUCUAGCAAUAUCCAUACUGAUGAUGGUUGGAAGAAUUGGCACCUUGAUAAGUAACGUGGCAUUCCCAAUAUUACUGGACAUGGGAUGCAUUAUACCUUUCUACUCAAUGGCAGCUAUUAUGUGCGUGCUCACGGCAUUGGCAGUGUUCCUACCAGAGAAGAAAACAUAAUAGUCAUAAUUAUUUUUAUGAACAAUGUGGGAUUUACAAAGUUUCAUUGACAAUAUGUACAAAAUGCAAAACUCAUGGUAAAACAUGAAUGUUUAUGUUUGAGAUUUUAUUUUAAUAAGUA